AUGGUAAAGUCUUUCUCCAAGUCCAAACGGACGCCCGUGCGGCUGCGGCACAAAAUCGAAAAGGCGUCAGCGGCGAAACAGAGAAAAGCCAGGAAAGAGUCGAAAAAGAACCCUCAAUGGAAAUCCAGGCUGAAGAAGGAUCCCGGAAUCCCCAAUCUGUUCCCCUUCAAGGACAAGUUACUCCAGGAACUCGAGGAGAAGAAGCGAUUGAAAGCUGAAAAUGCCGAACGGUUAAGAGAUGCUGCGAAGGAGAAGAAACGAAGUGGGAAGGCUGAUGAUGCCGAGGACGACGAUCUGAUGGACGAAGAUGACGAUUUACUCGAAGACGAAGAGGAGAUGGAUGAAGAUGAGGACGAUGAUGGCGCAAAUCCUAUGGCUGCGCUCCUUGCUUCUGCCCAAGCCAGAGCGGCCGACUAUGACGGCGGACUGCUGCAGGGAGAUGUGGAUGCGGACGUCGACGAGAACGGCGUGCUUGGGGUACAACUCUCCGAGGCCAUCGCGGCAGACCACAGAAAUCCAGACUCUUCACGACGAGCAUUUGACAAGAUCUUCAAACAAGUCCUAGACGCCGCGGAUGUGGUGCUAUAUGUUCUGGACGCCCGAGAUCCAGAAGGCACGAGAUCCCGAGAAGUCGAGCGGCAGAUCAUGGCUGCCGAGGGCGGCUCGAAGCGACUCAUUCUUAUCCUAAACAAGAUUGAUCUGGUUCCGCCACCAGUCUUGAAAGGAUGGUUGACUCACCUGCGACGGUAUUUCCCGACCAUUCCCCUGCGAGCUUCUACACCUGCAUCUAAUGCUCAGACGUUCGACCACAAACAAUUGACCCUCAAAGCCACUUCCGAAACUCUGCUACGCUCUCUUAAAUCAUAUGCUGUGUCCAAGCAGCUGAAGCGAUCGAUCUCGGUCGGAGUCAUCGGUUAUCCCAAUGUCGGAAAGUCAUCCGUCAUCAACGCCCUGACCUCGCGAUUGAACAAAGGCAAUCAGAGUUUUGCCUGUCCAGUCGGAUCCGAAGCAGGCGUCACGACGAGUCUGAGAGAAGUCAAACUAGAUAGCAAGCUGAAGAUUCUUGACUCUCCUGGUAUUGUCUUCCCAUCUACCGUCGAUGGUGAAGACAAGGAAAACAGACAGCAGAAGAGGGCAGAACAUGAAGCCCGCCUGAUCCUCCUGAACGCCCUACCGCCUAGUCAGAUUACUGACCCGAUUCCCGCCAUCAAUCUACUCUUAUCCAGACUCUCUACCUCAGAAGCCUUGUUCGAUAAAUUGCUCAAGCAUUACGGUAUUGUCGGAUUGGGACCCUUCGGCGCGGGAGACAGAACCAGCGACUUUUUGAUCCAAGUCGCUCGAAAGAGGGGCCGACUAGGGAAAGGCGGCGUGCCGAAUCUGCACUCUGCAGCCACGACAGUGAUCACUGACUGGCGCGACGGAAGAGUCCAAGGCUGGGUGGAGGCCCCUACCCUCAAGGUCGCGGAGGAUGAAGACAUGGCCGAUGCCGCUGCUUCUGCUGAAAACGGCAAGGCUCUACCAACCGGGGUGGAUAGAAAGGAGAUUGUCAAAGAAUGGGCGGCUGAGUUCAAGCUCGAUGGACUGUGGGGCGAUGACCACGACAAGACAACCGUCGACGCAAUGCAAGUAGAGUCAUGA